UCUUCCUCUCUCUCUAUCUCUCGCUCUCUGUGGGUCUCUUUGUCGCAAUCUCAGGAAUUACUUUUUCACUUGUGGUUUAAUCUCUUAGUUCGAGGCUUUCAUGUGAAAUUUUCUUGCUUUGGAGUUUGUGGACUUUGCUCGUGAGAUUUUGUGUGUGAUUUUUAAUUCAAAUGGGUGAUUUGCGUAGACGAAAUGGAAAUGGAGGUUCCUCUAAUCAUGAAAGGAAUGAGCAGAUACUGUUUCCAAAACCAGAGACUUUGGACUAUGAAUUGCCCUGCGACACCUCUUACCCUCACCAGAUUGGUGACAAUGCUGCUAGUUCUUCUGGAAGCAAUGUUAAGUCAUUGCUGAUUGAGAUGGGAUUUUGCCCAACUCUUGUUCAGAAAGCAAUUGAUGAAAAUGGUGAAGAUGAUAUUGAAUUUCUAUUAGAGAUUCUCACUAAGAGUACUGUAACAGAACAACCUGGAACCAGCUUUCAUGGGCUAAUGGAACCCAAACCGGAACCUGAUAUUGAAUACGAAACUGAUGGUAGAAGGAUUGCGUUACUAACAAUGCAGUUUCCAGAAAAUCUAGUUGACUUUGCACUGGAUAGGCUUGGUAAAGACGCGCCAAUUGAUGAGAUGGUGGACUUCAUUGUUGCUGCUCAAUUAGCUGAAAAGUAUGCAGAAGAAUCUGAAGACUCACUUGAUGGUGCUGAGAUCAAUGAAGAAGAUGAAGAUGUCACUCCAGUUACUGCUCGGGGACCUGAGGUUCCCAACGAACAGUUGUUUGAAACAAUGGACAAGACUUUGCAUUUACUGGAAAUGGGAUUCUCCAAUGAUGAAAUUUCAAUGGCAAUUGAGAAGAUAGGUACAGAAGGUCAGAUUUCUGUCCUUGCUGAGUCAAUUGUUACUGGUGAAUUUCCUGCUGUAUGCCAUGAUGACCUUGAAGAUAUAGAAAAGAAAGUUUCAGCGGCGGCUCCUGCAGCGAAUCGUGCAUGUCUUUCAAAGAGUUGGAGAUUUGUUGGUGUUGGUGCCCAGAAAGAGGAUGGUUGUGGGGGUUCGUCGAGUGGCACUGCUAAUAUAAAACCAGAUCCUGGUAUUGACUCUUUUCCUUUCCCUGCCACUGCCAAUGUGGGAGAGACCUCGAAGGGUAAGCGACCAAAAGAUGAGGAUGAGAAUGCCUAUCCAGAGGAAUACACUGACCACGAUGACAGAGGAAAACGGUUAAGACCCGAAUAUAUGGGUGACUCAAGUUCGUUUAUGGAAACCCCAUGGAUGCAAGAUGAGUGGAAAGAUAACACAUAUGAAUUUCCCAGUGUAAUGCAGCCACGUUUGUCCCAGAGUCUUGGCCCAAAUGUAGCCAAACGACCUUAUUUCUUCUAUGGACAGUUAGGUGAACUAUCUCCUAGCUGGUGGUCGAAGAUCUCGGGUUUCUUGUUCGGAAUUCACCCCGAGCAUGUAGAUACUCGGUUGUGUUCAGCGCUCCAUAGGACAGAAGGGUACCUGCACAAUCUUCCCACUGUUAACAGGUUCAAUAUCCUCCCAAAGCCUCGGUUAACUAUACAAGACGCAAUGCCACAAAUGAAGAGUUGGUGGCCGCAAUGGGAUAUCAGAAAACAUUUCAAUAGCGGCACGUGUUCUAAUAGGAAAGAUGUGACUCUUCUCUGUGAACGAAUUGGACGCCGUAUAGCUGAAUGCAGGGGAAAGCCUACUCAACAAGACCAGACUCUAAUACUUCGACAUUGUCACACAUCCAAUCUCAUUUGGAUUGCUCCAAACAUCCUCUCACCUGUGGAGCCUGAACAUUUAGAGUGCAUUAUGGGAUAUCCAACGAACCACACAAACAUCGGUGGUGGAAGAUUGGCUGAAAGAUUGAAGUUGUUUGAUUACUGCUUCCAAACAGACACAUUGGGUUACCAUUUCUCUGUACUCAAGUCUAUGUUUCCCGAAGGUUUAACAGUUUUAUCACUCUUUAGCGGGAUUGGUGGUGCGGAAAUUGCAUUGGACCGCCUUGGAAUCCAUCUAAAAGGCGUAGUCUCUGUAGAGUCCUGUGGAUUGAGCCGUAACAUACUGAAAAGAUGGUGGCAGACUUCUGGACAAACCGGUGAGCUAGUGCAAAUUGAAGAAAUCAAAAGCUUAACGACAAAGAAGCUGGAAACUUUGGUGCAGAGAUUUGGGGGAUUUGACUUUGUCAUUUGUCAGAACCCAUCAACACCACUUGAUCUCUCUAAAGAAAUCUCAAAUAGCGAAGCCUGUGAAUUUGAUUAUACGUUGUUUAACGAGUUUGCUCGUGUCACGAAACGUGUCAGAGAUAUGAUGGAGUUAAGUUGACCAAGAGCCUCCUUUACGUCCUCAAGAACCUAGAGACUUGUCUAAUCUCAGGAGUCUUUGCUGAAGGUAAUUCAGUCAAUCGUGGAGACUUUCAACAGGAACUGUUUUUUUUUUGCAAUUGAUGCUUUAAUGCAUCAGUCUGUGUAACAUAAUCCGCAUAGAAACGUGGGAUAUCUUCUUUUUACUUUUUUGCUAUGCUACUUCUCGGAGAGAUAAGCAGUGAAUCAUGUGGUCAAUGUUGUUGUAUCUUGUUCACGUUUAUGUAUAAUAUUAGCACUUUUUCUGAAUUCUUUCUUUUUUA